UUUAGUCUCUCCCUCUCAUUCAUUUGCACACACAAGCGUACUUCUUCUCUCUUCUCUCUCAGAAUGAUGGUUCCGGGUAGAGCUUUUGCUAUGGUUUUCUGUUUACUUCAAGCUGUUUCUGGAGAAAGUGGCAAUGCACAGAAUGGAGACCUAGAAGAUGCAGAACCUGAUGAUUACUCCUUCUGGUGCUACAGCCAGUUGGAAGUGGAUGGCAAUCAGCAUUCACUGACUUGUGCCUUUGAUGACCCAGAUAUCAACAGCACCAAUCUGGAAUUACAAAUAUGUGGGUCUCUUCUAGAGAUGGAUUGCCUAACCUUUAAUAAGCUGCAAGAGAUGUAUUUUAUAAAGACAGGAAAUUUCUUACUGAUUGGUAGCAGCACUAUAUGUGUGAAGCUUGAAAAAAGGAAUUUAAUUUGCAAAAGUAUGGACAUAGCAAAGAUAGUUAAACCUGAGGCUCCUUUUGGCCUGGACAUAGUUUAUCGAAAAGAAGCAAAUGACUUUUUGGUGACAUUUAAUACAUCUCACUCAAAAAAGAAGUAUGUAAAACAAUUAAUGCACGACAUGGCCUACCGCCCAGGAAAGGGUGAAAGCAACUGGACGCAUGUAUAUUUAUUGAAUACAAGAACUACAAUCCUAGAACGAAAGCUACAACCUAGAGCAGUGUAUGAAAUUAAAGUCCGAUCCAUCCCUGAUACCAGAUACUUCAAAGGCUUCUGGAGUGAGUGGAGUCCAAGUUCUACCUUUGAGACCCCAGAGCCCAGAAGUCCAGGGGGAUGGGAUCCUGUUUUGCCAAGUAUCAGCAUUCUGAGUUUUUUCUCUGUGGUUUUGUUGGUCAUCUUAGCCUGUGUGCUAUGGAAAAAAAGGAUUAAGCCUAUUGUGUGGCCCAGUCUUCCUGAUCACAAGAAAACUCUGGAACAGUUAUGUAAGAAACCGAAAAAGAAUCUGAAUGUGAGUUUCAAUCCUGAAAGUUUCCUGGACUGCCAGAUUCAUGAGGUGAAUGGCAUUCAAUCCAGAGAUGAGGUAGAAAGCUUCCUGCAGAAUGCUCAUCCUCCACAACCUGUUCCUCCACCUGAGGACCCGGAAAAGCAGGGACAUGGAGCAGCUGUACAUAGCCCAACCUGGCUAGCUGAGAUUUCAGUCAGCACUCCAGAAACUCUUGGAAGAGAGUUACCCGUCAGAUUCCUGGAUAGAAAUCUGAGUGGAUGCAAUACCCCUACAUUCCCUUCGCCUAGGCCCCCUGACUACAGAGAUGGUGAAAGAAAUGGAUCUCGUGUGUAUCAAGACUUGCUGCCAUGGCCUGGAAACACAAAUGGCACCCUCCCUCAACCAUUUCCUCUCCAGUCAGGAAUCCUGAUACCAGUUCCUCAGAGACAGCCUAUCCCCUCUUCCUCAGUACUGAAUCAAGAAGAAGCAUAUGUCACCAUGUCUAGUUUUUACCAAAACAAAUGAAUUAUGAGAAACCAAAGACCCUUCCCACAAACAGAAUGAUCACUGGGAUGGAAAGUCUUGAAUGCCUACUCUCCCUCAUAGCUCACAGAAGAUAAGGUCAAGACAACCUUGCUACACAUCAUCAGCCUUCUGAGAAAUCAUUUUGAUCUCCUAGCUCAGAAACAUUUGCAUAAAACAGGAAGAAUCUGAUUCUACCUUGCUGGUUCAGUCCUAAGAGUUCAAAUGACCCAAUUAAAAAAUAUGAACAAAACUCAAAUUAAAUAAAGAGUAGUGGGAAGAUGGAAGGCUGUGAUGACUGCAAUAAGAAAGAAUAACAGAAGACUAACAGUGCAGCUCUGUCAGUAGGACUUACUAUCUAAACAGCUCUCUACACACUUUGUCUCAUUUCUUCCUCACAAUAAUACUGCAAUGUGGGUUCAUCCAUUAUAAUUGUUAUAUACUUUGCCAGAGAUGCUGAAGUUGAGAGUGAAAAUUUUAAAUAGUUUGUCUAACUUUUCUGCUCAGCAGCAGGUAAGGCAUGCAUUCUAGCUUCAGCCUUCCCUUGCCAUGAACCUGUCCUAUUCUUGAGUGCCAAGCAUCAUCUUUAAGUGGGUGAUUAUAUAGCAAUUAUCCAAACUGGGCCAUUUUGGAAAGGGAACAUCAGAAAUGGUUAACAGUAAGCAUAAACUGGUUCUGUCUCAGAAAGAUGUGGAUGUGUGUGGUCUCCUUAAUUAAAGUGGCUACAAGGAAGAAAGUAGAGGACAAAAAUGUAUUAUGGAUGUGAAGUACCAUGACCAUGUCACAGGAAGUGGGGGAAAGAAAAGAGCCACCAAGAUCAUUUGAUUUUGUUUGUUUAUUUUUUAAAACAAACUCUAGAAGCCAUAAGUUCUAAGCCAAGAAGUUCCAGAGUCAGUUAUCAAGACCAUGACCCUUCUGCUGCUAUUAUCCAUCUGCUUCCAUAGACCAUUGAAGGAGCUACUGACAAUCUACAACAAAAAGACAUUUGACCAAUGAGCAGAGGAAUAGCCCUCCUGUGUGUAGAUACCAUUACAAGUUACGCCAAGUUCUGUAGCCUUGGAUGUUGCCUGAAUUAUAGAAAGGAGGGGAUGUGAACACUUCAAUGAGUACCCCAGCUGAGACUAUGGUCAUGAAAAAAACAAACAAACAAAAAUAGGUAAGUUGCCCAAAUUCAAAUGUUAAUUCAUGACUGUAAGCCACAACUUUGUAUCCCCAGUGUGUAUGACCAAUAUCCUGAAGGAAACAGGAAGUAAAUGAAGAAUGCCAUUGGGAUCCUUAGCACUAAUUUCAGUUUCAGUGUUGACAUUGGUUAUUUGAAUUUGCUGUGUCUGUCUGGUCAUGUAUUAAGUCCAUGUAUUAUAUUCACAUAACCACAACUGCUGCUAAUGCUUAGUUAUAUACUCAGGAACAGCGUGUGAUGUAUGUACAUUGCUGAUUGGUCCUGCCCAUUUCAUUCUUGGAUUUCAAAAAGGAAAACCAAAACUCUUGGUCAGAGAUAAUAUGCAAAACAGAGAUGCCAACUGCAAUUUCCAAGUAAUAUGAAAUAAAACAAUGAAAAGCAAGCGUCCAAUUUGAUCAAUCAACUAUGUUUGGAUCGAGGGACUCUUGUUAGUCAAUUUAUUUUUCUAUAAGCCUUUGCCUCUUUCUUCAUUGAGGUUUCCAUGGGAAUUUGUAUCUUCAAAUCCAAGAAAGGCUGCUUCAGAUGCGUAUACUUAGGUUUUUUUCAGAGCUAAGAUUUGGAACUGUCAAAAAUCUUAAGAAUAUGUAGUAAGGAAUGUGGAAUUGAUACAGCUCAGGUGACAUUUUUUGGUGAGCUCAGCAGUUUUUCUUUGGUGUUCUUUAAAGCAUACAGCAGCCACUACAGUAAAGUUGUCUGAGUUGACUGUGUACCUUGCAAAUGCAUUAUUAGUAGU